AUGAGCGCUCAAGGCCGACUCUGGGAUAUCCAGCACGGAGUUGAGGGGGAGGUCGAGGCGGGAAAGGGCCAAAUAACACGAUAUUCCAACGGGCAGCCGACGCGAUUCACCUUCAAGAAACGCUUUCAACGCACCCCGAAUGUGCAGAUCACUCCCAUCCUGACCAACCGCCAUGGGACAUUCAACCCCUUUUACCUCUACCUGAUGAGUCCGUCCGGAGGUCCACCGGCAGACGAGGACGGGUUUUAUCUUGGGAUCUAUAGCAAACCGGGUGUUAGUAUGGAUUUUGAGUAUUUUGCUACUGGUAUUUAUGACGGGGAAGAUUAG